AUGAACCUCCGCGACUACUUGUCAGAUUCUGCCGAAGUAAACGCACAAAUCAAGGACUUGGAUAGAGCAAAAAGCUGCGAACUCAAAGUGCUCGGAAUCAAGUGGAAAGCUGACGAUGACACCUUAAUCAUGGAAUGUGCAGACAAAGAACAAAUUAAGGUCACUAAAAGAUCUGUACUCAGCCAAAUAAACGGAUUCUGUUUCGACCCACUUGGACUGCUUACUCCCUUGAUGAUAUCGGCGAAGAUAUUCCUGCAGGAUAUACACAAGCAAAAGUUAGGAUGGGACACAAUUCUCCCUGACGAACAAAUUCAGAGAUGGAAAGCAAUCAAGGAAGAUAUCGCCGGAUUCAAGAAAGCCAUACCACGCACAGUGCUGAACAAAACUCCCGAAGCCAAAUAUAUGCUUUCUGUAUUUGUUGAUAGUUCCAAACGAGCUUACGCCUGCUGUCUUUAUACGACUACAUCAACGAAGAAUGGUACGAAGAACACAUCACUCUUCACGGCAAGAGCUAAAGUCGCGCCCAUCAAGAAGGGACAAACUAUUCCGAGACUAGAACUGCUGUGGUGGAAAGGACCAACUUGGCUCAGUUACCCCGACGAGGAAUGGCCAGUACGUCCCAUUAGUGACGUCAAAGACAUUGACGAUGACGAGUGCGAAAUGCUCAUUCAACAUACUACAGAGGAUCUCAACAAAAGCGAUUCCGACUGGCCAAUUGAUACAAUCGCAGAUGAGGAUCAAGUGACAAGUCGUUUGCCAAAUGCAGCUGAAAUUAUCCUUGCUGAAAAGCAAAUUGUCUUGCAAGAGCAACGGAUUCACGGCACAGCUCUCGUCUCUAAAAACAAACAGUUUAAGACUGUGUUCGACAGCGAUGGAAUUCUACGGAAGUGUGGACGCAUACAACGUGCUGAAAUCCAGUCGGAGAUAGCUAAUCCCAUGUAUAUACCUAAACAAAGUAUACUGGGACUCAGGAUCGCCGAGCACAUCCACCGAGACUUGGCUCACUGCGGAAACAACCAGCUUUUAUGCGAGCUUCGACAACGAUUCUGGAUACCGUGA